AGGCAAAAAGAUGAAGAGAAACCUAUAGCUGAGCCAAUUCAGCCUGCAGCUCCAAAAUCAGUCGAGGAAAUUAUCCCAGUAAUUGUGAAAGAAGCAGAAGAGCCAACAGUGUUGGUUCAGCUUACAGAGGUUCCUCAUCCAGUCGAAGAAGGACAGGCAGCGGUUACCAAGACCGUCGAGAAAGUUGUUCCUGUGAUUCAAGAAGCAGAAGCUUCUACUAUGUCUAUUCGAUUCUCGGAAAUACCUAGUGAAGAAAUGAAGACAGCUGAAGAAGCGCAAGCUGUAGCUUCAAAAUCAGCUGAGGAAGUGAUACCCAUAACCACUCAAGAAGCUGAUGUGCCUACUGUGACAGUUCAGCUGCCGGAAAAAGUGCAGUCUGCUGAAGAAGCAGCUCCGCAGUCGGUUGCGAACCUUGUUCCCGUUACAAAGCUAGAAGAUGAAGUACCUACUAUGGUGGUUCAGCUGCAGGAGAAACCUUCCGCUGAGAUGCAGAUGGUUGGUGAACAACAGCCUGCAGCUCCUAAAUCGGUGAAGGAAAUUGUGCCAAUAAUCAAAAAAGAAGCAGAAGAGCCCACUUUGACAGUCGAGCCGUCGGAGGAGCAGCAAACAGCUGAGCAAGCACCUGCAAUCUUCAAAUCAGUCGAGAAAGUUAUUCCCGUGGUUGUGCAGGAACAAACAGAAACGCCUACCGUAACUGUUUCGUCCUCAGAAGAACCUCAAACAGUUGAAGAAGUACAGCCUGCAGCUCCUAAAUCGGUCGAGAAACUUAUUCCUGCGACUACGCAAGAAGCAGAAGUACCUACUGUAACGGUACAACUGCCAGAGAAGCCCUCUGUAGGAAUGCAGGCGGCCGAGGAAGUGCAAAUCCCAACCUCCAAAUCCAUAGAAGAAACUAUUCCCAUAACCGCAAAAGAAGCAGAAGUACCUACCGUAGUUGUGCAGUUGGUGGAAGAAGGUGCUAAGGAGCAAGCUGGUGAAGAGCAGCAAGCUGAACAACCACCAGUUCCACCUCCACGAAGACUUCUACAGCAGAAGAAGGAAGGACAUCCGCAGUAA